AUGAAUGAAAAUUACAAGACAAGCGAUAUGAAUGAAAAUAAGCGAAAUGAUAAUAUAAAACACAAUGGUGAACAUUAUUCACCCACGGGAUAUACUCUACACUCAAAUGUUUGUCCUAAUAAACUGCUAAACACAUCGACAACAUAUUCAUCCCCACAUGAAACACAUGAUAUUUAUUCUAAUUCAUCAGUGCUUACAAGUACAGCUGUAUUAAAAUCAUUUUGUCCAAAGAGAACAACAAAUUUAUCGACUGUUUCUAAUCACGCCACAAAUUGUGUUACACAUGGGACCACACCAUUUUACACAAAACACAGCAACGUUUCUAAUAAUCUGGAAAACGGUAAAAACUCUGACCAGCUAAAUUAUUUAAUCCUACCACAAAAUAAUUAUAUUCCAUUUUAUACACUACAAAGAAGUUCUUUAUAUACACCAGUUUGCCGAACGCAAACAUCAUUAUCCUGUCAACCUUCACCGAAUAUCGCAGAUAGCCGUGUAUCUUCUGAUGAUUUGGUGAGUCAGUCAUCUGUGAACGAAUUCCGAAACGGUAUCCAUUCCAACGAAACUUCGAAAUAUCCUACUGAAAACAUAAAGAAUAGUUCACUCUCAUCUAUAAAUAGUUCAAACAAUAGUUUUCGAUCUCUGGAUGAAAAUUCAUCAUCUAAAUUGAAAAACUAUCAAUUUUUUCAUCGAUUUUUGAAAUAUUCAUCAAAACUAGGCAGGAAGACAAAAUCUGCGAAACAUUCACCAUCAUCAUCAUUAUCCUCACCGACAUCACCGAUUCAUUCAAAUUCAAAAUCAUUUAAAAAUACUUAUACACCUGGAUAUAAUGUUUGCAGUCCGAUGAUGUUAUCGAGCAAUGUUAAACUGAUUGAUACUUGUUUAAUUAAAAGGCCUUCUGGCUUCGGCUUAACUUUAUGUGGUGUUAUAACAUUUAUCCCGAAAGGCAUAUUAGAUAUCAACACAACAUCCCAUUCGCCGGAUAAACAAGAAGGAUUCUUUCAACGUUUAUUACAGAUACGAAGUGUGAGUGAUAAUGUACUGACAUAUGACAAUGAUUUAGUUCAAUCGCGUGGAAAGAAUAAUUCAAUACGAUCAGGAGAUAUAUUACUCGCUGCAGGCGGUUUUCGUUUAGCCGGCUACACUCCUGAAUAUGCUGUACAGUUGUUAGCCAAAAUUCCAGUAGGCAGUGCUAUUCAAAUUACUUUACUACGAGGACUGGGGAUUCCUUCAAUUAAUUCUUUAACUGGAGAUGAUAUUUCUGCCAAAUAUUUGUAUGAAUUAAAAUCAGCCAGUUUGUGUUCUUCAAUGAGCAGUUCUUCAGAACUGUCACCAAACAAGACAAAUUCAAAUGUUGAAGCUCAGAUUAAAUCAAAAUUUGCAAAAUCCUAUGUCAAACAUGUUGCUAUAAACAAUGACAAUCAGUUGAAUAAAACAAAAUUACAACCAGGUGAUCUUAUAGUGAAAAUCGGUAAAUUCGAUGUAACCAACUUGACUAAAUCUCAAUUUUCACAAUUAUUGAAUGUAUACUCAAAAUCGAAUUCAAUGCAAUUUACUGUGAUUCAAGUUUGUUCAAAUUGUUUGAAACAAAUAAAUUAUGCAAAUGUAUAUUUCAACUUUAAAAAAUCUACAAAUAAUUAUUUGAAUUUAAACGAACCACCUUUAACAUCAACAACAUUGCCAACAGUUACAGAAGCCAAUAAAACUGAAAUGAUAUCGUUCUUAAGAACAGUAUUAAAUCCAAAUGGUCAUAGUAAAAAGUCUACAAAUCCUAAUCUACAAACAAAUAAUAAAUAUUUCUCUUCAAAUACUCCUGAUCUCAGUAGUGUAAAUAAUUCAUCAGUGAAUGAGAAAUCUUUAACAUGGUUGCCUGAACAGUGUAUUACACCAGGCAUAGGUAAGAGUGGUCCAUGUGAAACACCAGAUUAUAUACCUAUAUCACAAUUAUUAAACACAUUGAACACAAACAAUCAUCAAAUCAGUACUCCUUCUCGUCGGAAUAAUAUUCGACUACGACAUAAUGAUCAAAAGCCUGAUGUGCCCAAUCAAAAUCAACAUCAAAUAAAUGAACCGUCACAACAACAACAACAACAGCAACAACAACCAAAUGUAAACUAUCAACAUUCUGAUGGUAUUUUAUCACAUCAAUUAUCUUCACCAUUUUCAUCUCCAUCAAUACAAACAGAAAAUCCACAUAAACAAACAUUGAAUAAUCAUGAAAUUAACACUGAUAAUAUAAAUCAUGAUCAUCUGACUGAAAAAGAUAUGAAAAUUCUUUAUAGUACAAAAGAUGGAAAAUUGAAUUUUGUUAAAGAAAAUAUUGAACAGGAUUUACCAUGUAUACAAUCUGUGGAAUCUAAUACAGGUUUAGACAAAUCAUGUCAAAAUUUAUUGGUAGGUGAUCUAUUAGUGGCUAUUGAAAAUCAUUCUGUAUUGAAUUGUAAACCAAAUGAAAUUGAAGAAUUACUUCGAUUAGCAGCUAAGAAUAAUAAUGGUUUUGUCACAUUGACUGUUCGUAGGAUACAUUCAUCAAAUAAAACUGAAGACAUGAAAAUAUCAGAGAUACCGAUAAAAGAUACAGACAGUUCAAAUAUAAUCAAUGUAAAGUUGUCAAAAGAAAAAGAUGAAGGUUUUGGUUUUGUGAUUGUCAGUUCUUUGAAUAAAGAAAAAGCAAGUGAAAUAGGUCGUAUAAUUCCAGGUAGCCCAGCGGAUAAAUGUGGAAAAUUAGAAGUUGGACAACGUAUAUUGGGUAUAAAUGGUUAUUGGUUACAAGGACUUAAUCAUAUGGAUAUUGUCAAUCUUAUACGUCAAAGUCAACAACAAUUAAUUUUAACAAUUGAGAAAAUUGAUUCUUUGUCUGGAGAACAACAUCAUAGCCGUAUUGAUAGUUUAGAUACAGAUGAAAAGUUUAUUCCACUAGUCACUUCUACAAUGUUAUGCUCUAAUGAAACUGUAUGUUUUCGUUCCAUGAAUGGUUCAAAAAGUUCAGAACUCCUGGAUGAAAACGAGACUGUAAAGUCAAGUUUCAAUAAUACUUCCACCAAAAGUCCAUUUUCAAUUACAUUACAACGCGGUCCAAAUGGUUUCGGUUUCUCCGUCCGCAGUGGAUUCAACUCGAGCACAUCUCCUUUAACUGUUUAUCGAAUAGCUGAAAAUGGACCAGCUUUUCAACAAGGACAAAUGAAAGUUGGAGAUGAAAUCCUCGAGAUUAAUGGAAUCAGUACAUUUACAAUGACACACCAACAAGCUGUCACAAUGAUUCGAUCAAGUGGACCAACAUUAAGAAUUCUGUUACAACAUUUCAAUGAAGAUCAAUGUGAAAAUUAUUUCUAA